UGGAGAUUGCUCUCCAUGGAACACAUUCAACCUCCCUCUUACAGGCAUUUAUCUAACCUGUUUCCCCCUCAGGCGUUGGAGCUGCUCACUAAUUGCUACGUCAUGGUGCAGGGGAACACUGUGUCAGCCCUGGGACCCUUCAACGGCCUCAAAGAGGUACGGAAAGUGGUGUUGGAUACCAUGAAGAACAUCCACCCCAUCUACAACAUCAAGACGCUCAUGAUCAAGCGCGAGCUGUCUAAGGACCCCGAGCUGCGGCUGCAGAGCUGGGAGAGAUUCCUGCCCAAUUUCCGACACAAGAACCUGACCAAGCGCAAGGAGCCUAAGAAAAAGACGACAAAGAAGGAGUACACGCCUUUCCCCCCGCAGCAGCCUGAGAGCCAGAUUGACAAGGAACUUGCAACGGGAGAGUUCUUCCUUCGAGAGAGCGUUAAGAAGAGGAAGAAGAUGGAAGAGAUAAAGGUGAAACAAGCCGAGGCGUCGACUAAGAGGCAAGAGGAGCGAAACAGAGCCUUUAUUCCUCCUAAGGAGAAACCUGUUAUGAAGAAGACUAACAAAGCUCCCUCAGAUGCCAAAAUUAACAUUGAGGCCAUCAAGGCUAAGGUAAGGAAAGCCAAGACCAAGAAGCUAGGAGCCCCCUCUGUUAACCCUGCCCCGCAGACCACACCUGCCUAUGACAAGAAGAAAAAGAACAAGGGCUAACCUUGGAAAAGCUUGGACAAUGGACAAUAUUCACUAUUGCAGCAUUGAAACGAGAUCACUGGCGUGAAGGACGUCAGGUUUGUCAGAACAUGGGUUUGUCUAGAUGUAUUUGGGAUAUUAAUAGAAUAUCCCUAAUUCCACAGAGAUUAAUCUUCCUCAUAGUUUUGAUGAAAUGAAUAUGGAAUGCCUCUGUCCUCAGUAGAGGAGACCGUAUACAGUAAAGGUGUCCCCCUAUAUGUGACACCCAAUGCCUCUGAGUGUUACCUAGUUUUCCUGUGACCGAGGCCCAUUCUUCAAUAGUUUACCAACUGUUUGUAAGACGUGAACAGAAUGGUUCACCUGGUUUAUCCCGACGCCACAGAUUCCUCCUCUUGUCCUAAUCCUUAGAACAACUUGUACUGCUUUCAACCAACACCUGUCAAUGUUAAAGUAGUGUUUACUGUAAAUAUUAUGAAGCCUGCAAGUAUAAUGGCUUAUGAUGCAGUUAAUGCAUUGGAAGACUAGUAAUGUUUCAUAAUGAUGCUGACUUAAGUCUGUUAAUGUAUACUUAUAAAAAAAUAGCAUGCAUACUAUUAAAAGCUUUUUUUAUAGUCCUUAUUAUAAAUGAUUAACAAGGUAUAAAGCUAUAUACCUGCAGGCUUUGAGAAAAGGCAUUGAAAGUUUUAGUUCGUGAUUAAAUGACAUGGUUGUCGUGUGCCGCUACAGGCGUCAAGUGUAGCAGGAAUGGGCCUAGAGGACUGCUGAACAGUGAAAUGUCAUUGUGAUGUUGAGGAGAACUGUGUGUUGGGCCGUGCUCUGUCAUUUAGUGUUGCUACUUCUAAACACUCAAUAAAACAAGAAUAUGAUAAUCUCUCA